UGGUCUUUUUUUAGUCCUUUGUCCAACACAUUUAGUAGAAAGAGUAGUUUCAAAAUCAAUUUUUUCCCCCUUUUCCAAUUAGUAUAGGGUUUACUGUUUCUACAAAUUCAAUACCAAAAUCCAUAUAUAAAUCGAAAAUUGACAAUGGAGAAUGGUGAUGGAACAAAUGGGAAAAGGAUAAGGGCUGAAGAUGUAAUAUGUAAGCUCAAGGACGAUGGCGAUUUCGAUAAACUUCGUCUCAAAAUUGUUCGCCGAAUGAAAGAAAAUGUAGAGUUGCGAAAUAGCUUAAGAGCUACAGUGAAAGAAUCAGCAGCACUUAACCGUCCAGGUGCAGAAAAUAUGAAACUAAGGCAACUGUCCGAUGCUAUAUAUCAAGAAGUUGGGGAAAAAGCCAUGAGUAAAAUUUCAGAUGAUUUGUGGAAUACAAUCAGAACCGGUGAUGGCAUUCAAACGGAGAUAACCGAAACGGUUCAAUCAGUUUACAGUAAGUUAUUGAACCCACAGCUAAAUGAAGCAGGUGAAUCGGCCUUUCAUUCAGACUUGCAGCCAGCUCAGAAUGGAGUUGAAAGUAAUGGACAUCUUGCUGUUUCUGACAGUGGUAUUGAUGUCACAUUUUCUGCUGAUGCGGAACUAAGUGAACCUCCUGGUUUUGCCCGAUUAAGUUCAAAUCGGAACGGGAAAAGUGACCAUAAGGAAUCACUGAAAGAAGUGUCAGGAAUUCCUGUUCCUUCUGAUGGAAAAGCAAAAGAAACAUAUACCCAGUCAGAGAACAACUGCUCACUUGACCCUUUGAUACCCGAAAGUGUGGAUGUGGGUGCGCCACCUGGCUUUGCUAUAGGCACAAUAGAGAAGAAUCCAGAUGGUGUUAAUGAUGAAGAUCCUGAAGUGCCUCCAGGAUUUGGCUGAUGGCUUAUUAAGUUGUUCAUAUACUUCUGUUUAUAUUUUUGGGAAAGGUUAGCCAUAUUUGGUUGGUCAUUGUUGUAUCAAGUUCAAGAAGCUUUUGUUGGUACUUGCAGAGAGUACUUUACUUUCACUGCACCGACUAGCAGCUCAUGACCUCUCUUUCUUCAAUUUUCCAAGUGAUGAUAUCAAUCAUGACCUUGAUACGGAGCUGGAACUGCUAACUAGGAUGAAUGGGUUUGUUUUUCCUAAAUUUUUAGGAGUUGAUGCUGUGGAUUGGACAAAGGAAAAUUAGUUGGUCAUACCAUUUGGCAAGAAGGUAUGCAACACACACUAACUUCAGGUGCAAGAAGUGUUAUUUAUUGGUUUUAUUAAGUUCCAAGCAUGUUUCUUUUGGAUUCAAAAUUUCGAUUUAUUUACCUAAAGACUCUUGUAAUAUGAUUCAGAAUUUAGAUUUGUUUACCUAAAGACUCUUGUAAUAUGAUUUGAAAUUUUGAUUUGUUUAUCGAAACACUUCUGUAAUAUUAUUCAGUUGCAAA